GCUCACUCGCGCGCUCGCAUCCAGCCACCUUAUGAUGGAGCGGCCGCCGCGCGCCCUGCUGCUGGGUGCAGCCGGACUGCUGCUCCUGCUCCUGCCCCUCUCCUCUUCCUCCUCUUCGGAUGCCUGCGGCCCGUGCGUGCCGGCCUCCUGCCCCGCGCUGCCCCGGCUCGGCUGCCCGCUGGGUGAGACCCGCGACGCGUGCGGGUGCUGCCCGGUGUGUGCUCGCGGCGAGGGUGAGCCGUGCGGGGGCGGCGCGGCCGGCAGGGGGCACUGCGCGCCGGGCAUGGAGUGCGUGAAGAGCCGCAAGAGGCGGAAGGGUAAAGCCGGGGCAGCAGCCGGCGGUCCCGCGACCCUCGCCGUGUGCGUGUGCAAGAGCCGCUACCCGGUGUGCGGCAGCAACGGCAUCACCUACCCCAGCGGCUGCCAGCUGCGCGCUGCCAGCCUGCGCGCCGAGAGCCGCGGGGAGAAGGCCAUCACCCAGGUCAGCAAGGGCACCUGCGAGCAAGGGUCUCUGAUAUGGGACACCCAACCAGCCCAAAGGAGUCACAACCCACAGGUUGAGAACCGCUGUUUUAGAGACAAGCACUCCAGAGAACAAGGUCCUUCCAUAGUGACGCCCCCCAAGGACAUCUGGAACGUCACUGGUGCCAAGGUGUUCUUGAGCUGUGAGGUCAUCGGGAUCCCAACCCCUGUCCUCAUCUGGAACAAGGUAAAAAGGGAUCACUCUGGAGUUCAGCGGACAGAACUCUUGCCUGGUGACCGGGAAAAUCUGGCCAUUCAGACCCGGGGUGGUCCAGAAAAGCAUGAAGUAACGGGCUGGGUGCUGGUAUCUCCUCUAAGUAAGGAGGACGCUGGAGAGUAUGAGUGCCACGCAUCCAACUCCCAAGGGCAGGCUUCCGCGGCAGCCAAAAUUACAGUGGUUGAUGCCCUCCAUGAAAUACCACUGAAAAAAGGUGAAGGUGCUCAGUUAUAACCUGCGAAUCCAUGAGCCUCUGUAGCUAAAGGUGCUCUCAGACAGCCGACAGCUAUAACCCUGCUCUUGCCUGACACACUUCUCUUAACCUAACCCACUAACACUUUAUUACAGCCAGCUGGUUUUACACAGAGAAAUCAAAGAUAACACAUCAAGACUAUCUACAAAAAUUUAUUAUUUACAGAAAAAAGCACAUGUAGCUUUAAACAAAACAAAUAAAAUUCUUAUCACAACA